AUGGGCUUUCUCUACUCUCAGCUUUUCGUCGAACCAAAAGCUCCAACGACCCUCUUCACGGACCAGGUCAUCAUCGUGACAGGCUCCAAUGUUGGCCUCGGAUACGAAGCGGCUCGACACUUUGUCCGCCUCAAUGCCGCCCGCGUGAUUCUCGCCGUGAGGAACGUGGAGGCCGGACACAAAGCCAAGGAAACGAUCGAGCAGUCAACGGGCCGACAGGGUCACGAGCUUCACAGCUUCCUCGUCUGGAUGUGUUGA